AAUAAAACGCGGACCGAUAUAAACGAUGAAAAUAGCUAUCAAUCUGUUUAUUUUUACAACCAAAGUUUAUUCGCGAUCUUGAAAUUUAAUCAAAUAACAUGUGUGGUGGCACGAAAAAUAGCGACGGAAGCACGUUCGUUCGUUCGUUCGUUUCUGUUUCCGUUGUUUCUUUUUUAAGAAUUGAGCUGCACUCUAGCGGUUCGACAUGGCACAGUACAACUUCAACGAGAUAAAGGUCUUCGACGACUCUAUGAACGACAUGGACGUAAUAAAGACCAUAACUGACACGGUAUUUCAAGAAAAGGCUUUCUACAUCGCGAAUAUCGGUAACGUGAUUCAAAAACACGACGAGUGGAUCACCAAGAUGCCCAGUGUCGCCCCGCACUUCGCGGUUAAAUGCAAUCCAGAUCUAACGGUGAUUAAAGUUUUGGCAGCUUUAGACGUUUGUUUCGACUGCGCAUCCGAGCAAGAGAUAAAGCUAGUGAUGCAGCAUGGAGUACACGGCGAUCGGAUCAUCUUCGCACACCCGACCAAGUAUCCGUCUCAUAUAACCUAUGCGAAGAAAGUGGGCGUCAAGCAGAUGACAGUGGACAAUGAAUCCGAGCUGUUCAAGAUCAAGGAUCUCUUUCCGGAGGCCAAAAUCGUCAUACGCAUACGCUGCGAUGCGAAAAACACGCCGACUGUGUUGGGUUUGAAAUUCGGCUGCGAGUCGAACGACGAGACUGUGCGCUUGAUACAUCUCACAAAGAACCUCGGUCUAAAUUUGCACGGCUUCAGCUUUCACGUUGGCUCCCCGUGCGGCGAGCCGGAGGCUUACGGCCGAGCGAUCGAGAUAUGCAAACAGUUAAUUACUGUCUCCAAAAGCAUUGGCUGCGACAAUGUGCAGCUGAUCGACAUUGGCGGUGGAUUUCCGGGCGAAAGCGGAACGAAUCUCGACGAGAUUGCGAGCAUUGUUAACGAGACGAUACGGGACCUCGAUCCGACCAUAAGAGUUAUCAGUGAGCCGGGAAGUUACUUCGUGUCUUCCAGCUUCACU